AUGUCAACAUCUCAAGUUGAGUCUCGGCAACCUUCAGGAAAAGGGAAGAAGGCGCCACGCAAACAUGUCACGACGGCAUGUGUGCCUUGCAGGGAGAGCAAAAUCAGGUGUGACGGCACUCAACCAAAUUGCUUGAACUGUCAGAAAAAAGAAAAGGCUUGCAGGUAUCAGCAUGGAGAUGACAAGAGGAAAAUCUCUUUACGCGCAGCCACGGAACUCUUCUCUGCGAGGAUCGAUCAAUUAACUCAAUUUAUUUAUAAUAACGGCCUCCAGCCGCCGUCGAUGCGGCCAGAUGCCGAACAGGAAAUGAAUAGAGUGCUGGAUACCCUUCAAGUCCCGCGAAGCUUAGUCAACGCAAAUACUGCCCAGAAUAAUGCGAAUUUACCUCGGACGACUCUCCAAAACAGAGACUUUAGUGGUGAAUACAAUCGUCAAUAUGCGCCGCCUAACAAUCGGUAUCAACCAUCUGCGCAAUUCACAAACAUCACUAAUCAUGAGUACCUACCGCCUAUCUUUGACUUCAGUCUUCCAACAGCCGAGAUCUUGGAUGACAUCUACGCCAAUAAUUUACAAAGCUCCUCGCUCAACCUUCAUUCGGGGCAACCAGAUCCUUAUACAGGAAUUGAACGGACCUCUUUGCGAGCGCAGCAGCACGACGAUGACUCUGCCUCGGAUUCUGGCGACGAGGCGGAGAGGGAGGUCAUAGAACAGCUUUCGUCUCGAAUAGGCACAUUAAAGCUAGCUGGAGACGGUCAUCUACGUUUCUACGGCCCAACCUCAAACCUCACUCUGGUUGACGUUGCAUCUACUUCGAAACAGAUACCUGGCCCAGAUGUGCGCUCCGUUCGGCAUGAUGGCCAAGAGCUUCUUAAUCAUUUGCGUAUCGGACAGCAGGUUGAACCAAGCUUGGAAGAUCAUCUCAUAGAACUCUACUUUACAUGGCAGAACCCGAGUUUGUACAUCGUGGAUCGAGAGAUGUUCACUUUGGCGCGUGCAAAAUGGCGAGACGAAUUGGAUGAUACUCCGUUUUACUCUGAAGUCCUUACCAAUGCAAUGUGCGCACUUGGAGCAGCCUUUGAGGCCCGAUAUCAUCCAACAUUCAUCACUUUUCCAAAAUCGCUUUCGGAGUUCUUUGCCGACAGAGCAAAGGCUCUUUUGGAAAUUGAGCUCGAUUGUCCUUGUGUGGCUACGGUGCAGGCUCUUGCUAUACUUAGUAGUCACGAAGCUGCAUCCAAUCGCGACGCUCGGGGGUGGCUUUAUAGUGGCAUGUCAAUGCGACUUGCCUAUGAUCUGGGCUUGCAUCUAGACAUGGCGUCGUACGUAGAAAGGGGAAGCAUGACACCUAUGGAGGCGAAGGUGCGUCGAAUAACCUUUUGGGGAAGUUAUAUUGCAGACCACUUUUGGGGAUUUUAUCUAGGCCGCCCAUUCCGCAUGAAUGCCGGGGAUGUAUCUGUCUCGAAGCCAGCAUCGGGACCGGAUACCAAAGAGGAGACGUGGUAUGCGUACGGAAUGGGAGAGUCGUUACCGAGUACUUUGGAACAUGGCCUUAGAAACCCGGGCGAACUCAUUACACAGCAAUUCGUUAAUCUAUGGGAAAUGAUUGCACCGGUGGGGCACAUUCUAUACGGAUGUAGUGACAUCGAGAGCCAUGAUCUUCAACGAAUGAACUAUAAGGUGACUGAAGACCUGUUUGCAUGGAAGAGAAGUCUAGCUCCUUCGCUACAGAUCGAUCUGGAACAUGAUACUGGUCCUGUGCUACCACACCUGCUGAUGCUCCAUAUGCAAUACUACCAAAUCGUUAUAUUCUUCCACCGACCCUGGGUGUCUAAAAGCUACAUUCAGCCGCAAAAUCCUAAACAAGGUCCAGGACACCAACAUGCACGCAGAACAUGUGCCGAGUCAGCGACGGCAAUUGCGCGCUUGCUACGCCUAUACGAGAAGUAUUACACAUUCCGACGAAUAAACAACCAAGUUGUCGCCAUCAUAUUCACUGCUGCUCUGAUGUUGAUAUUCGUCACUAUUUCUAUGUCUACCCAAGACACUGGGCGGCUACGUGCGGACGAAAAGAAUCGACAGGUGGACAUGGCAACACAUCUGAAUGUUUGUUUUCGAGCGUUGGACGAGCUCGGCCAAUCGUUUGAGAAUGCAAAGAGAACUAGAGACUUCCUGGUCAGCUUGCAACGACGAUGGCAGAAUCACAUGCGGAAGACUGGCGGAAAUUCGAAACGGUCGAUCGAGCCACCUGGCACCCGAAGCUCUCGCAAUGGCGAAGACGGUUCUCCUAGCGUUUCCGCCGCCCCUAGUUCCGAUCAGUCCUUGUCACGAUUAGCGAGUCAGAAAAAGCCGCGAUUAGCAGAGCAGUCAAUGCUGGAAGACUCGAGGCUUGGGGUCAACUUUGUCAACUCACAUGAAUUCUUACCCCCGGAUGUUGAAUUCGGAUCCAUUAGCAAUGGAGGAUUGAACUGGACACCUUCUAGUCGGGACCUGAAAAUGCUUUCAGAAGAGAUUGGCGAUGCGCCGUUGUUCUCUACUACAUCGUCUCCGUCAUCAACAUCAUCCCAGCGGCAAGUGCCAGGAGGUAUGGCGACGUUCACCAGCGGCACGCCUGGGGGUAGUAAUGCUAUCUCGAGUCUGGGUGAGAUGGCGCACGCAUGGUGGACCUGGCCUGCUGAUGGCGUCAAUGGACUUAAUAGUAAUCAUAGAAGCGAUAGAAAUGUUCGAUGA